AUGGAAUUCUUUAAAGAUUCAUUUUAUAGCUUAAUUUAUAUUCAAGACAAUAACGAACCCACUUUAAAAAUCCAUUCUAUCUAUAAUUUAUAUUCUAUAGUACUGCAUAUGCUUGAAGAUGAAUAUAUGCCAGAUACUGAAUUAUAUAAAAAAAAGAACAUAGCCAGAAUUAAAGAGUAUUUAAAUAACAUAUUAAACCUAUCCAUGGAUAUUGUGUAUAAUAUUACAGAAUCGUACGUGUACUAUGAUAUCGUAUACCAUAACCAUUUUAGCAUUAAUAAUUCCAAGGAUAAUGUAAUUAAUAACUAUUUAAAAUCAACAGAAUAUGAAAUUUCAAUUAUUAACCAUCUGUGUAUUCAAGAGAACGCUAUAAUUGGCUUAAAGUAUCUUAUAGUAAUAUUUAUAAUUGUUUCUAUAAUUAUGAGUUUAGAGUACUUAAUAGGAUAG